CUCAGCUUCAUGCCCAGUAAUAUCACUGCAAUUUUAGAAUAAUAUUUUAUGGUUUUUGCAUCUUGGUAACUGAGAGGAGGCACAUUAUUUUUUCUCCUUCUUUUGUGUUUCCGAAGAAAAAAGAUAAUUAUAUAUACUUGUUUCAAGGUAUCUCUGUAUUUUUUUUAUUUUUGUUCUUUUGCAAGAAACCAAGUACUCUCGACAGUUGGAAAUACCUCGAAACCAAGUGUACGGUUGAAGACUGGAGGUUGGCUGGCCUUAAAGCUUUGGCCUUUCUGAACAGUAGGCAAGUGGAAGCACAGCACACUGACUGGGAACUGGAGGGCAAUUUGGGAAAGCAAAGAUAUACACACACAGCAGCAGCAACCAAGCAAACAGUCUUCAGCUUGGUUUGGCUUUUGGGUCUCGGUCAGUGAUUGAGCAGUCAAGAACAAGGAAAAUGAUUUGAUAGUAACGUAUAUUUACACCAAGUAUUUCUAUAAUUGUAUUGCUUCUGUUGUUGUUGUAGUAGUUAUCUCUGCCUCCUUGCCUUUGCCUUUGCCUUCUGCUAGUCUUCUUUUCAAACCAAUCCUAAACCCCGCCCUCCCCUUUUUUCCAACCACAACUCCCUCUGUCUCUGUCUCUGUCUCUGUCUCUGUCUCUCUCUCUCUCUCUCUCUCUCUCUCUCUCUCUGUGUCUGUUGAAAACCCACUUGUUGUUGCAUCAUUUUCUUCAUCCUAACUCCAACUGAUUAGAAAAUGAGAUCAAGAUUCUAACAAAUUUUAUCUCUUUCUGUAUAACCCACCUAUUUGCAUGCCCUUUUUCUCUCUUUUUUCACUCUUCCCUUUUUCAAUUCACUCUCUUUAUUUGUGAUAGUAAUUCAAUGGAGGCAUCAGAGAAUUGCUGUGUCAAGGUAGCCCUUCACAUUAGACCGCUUAUUGAUGAUGAACGCCUUCAGGGUUGUAAGGAAUGUGUUACUGUCACACCCGGAAAGCCUCAGAUAAAAAUUGGCCCACAUUCUUUUACAUUUGAUCGUGUCUAUGGCAGUGGUGGAGGUCCAUCACCUGCCAUAUUUGAAGAUUGCAUUUCUCCACUUAUUCAUGGUUUAUUCCAAGGAUACAAUGCUACUGUACUUGCUUACGGUCAGACAGGAUCUGGAAAGACAUAUACCAUGGGAACUGGCUCUGGAGAUGGCUGCCAGACGGGGCUGAUUCCUCAAGUUAUGAAUGCAUUGUUCAACAAGAUUGAAAUAUUGAAGGAUCAAACAGAAUUCCAAAUGCAAGUUUCCUAUAUUGAGAUUCUGAACGAAGAAGUGUGUGACUUGUUGGAUUCUCUAUCUAUGAAAAUGGAGACUACAAAUGGACAUGCCGCAAAAGUUGGAAGGCAUCCGAUACAAAUUCGUGAAAAAUCAAAUGGAGCUAUAACACUAGCAGGAUUAACUGAAGUUGCUGUAAAUUCGUUACAAGAAAUGGCCACUUGCCUGGAUCAAGGAUCAUUAAACAGAGCAACGGGGAGUACAAACAUGAACAACCAAUCUAGUCGAUCACAUGCCAUCUUCACAAUCACAUUAGAACAGAUGCGAAAAAUCCGUUCAGCUUUUCCCGGGAAUGACACUCCAGAUGAGGAUAUGGGUGAAGAGUAUUUUUGCGCAAAGCUCCAUUUGGUAGAUCUUGCUGGAUCCGAACGAGCAAAGAGAACAGGUUCCGAUGGUCUUCGGUUAAAAGAAGGUAUACAUAUUAACAAGGGACUUCUUGCACUUGGUAAUGUCAUCAGUGCAUUGGGGGAUGAGAAAAAGCGAAAAGAGGGUGUGCAUGUCCCUUACCGAGACAGUAAACUGACUCGACUUUUGCAGGACUCACUUGGUGGAAACAGCAAAACUGUAAUGAUAGCUUGCAUCAGUCCUGCUGAUAUCAAUGCCGAGGAAAGUCUUAACACUCUGAAAUAUGCAAAUCGUGCUCGUAAUAUCCAGAACAAGCCUAUUGUUAAUAGAGAUGUGAUAUCCAAUGAGAUGCAAAAGAUGCAAGAGCAGCUAAAAUUAUUGCAGGCAGAGCUAUGCGCUCGUGGUGGAGCUCCAUCAGAUGAAGUGCUGGUUCUUAAGGAAAGGAUUGCUUGGCUUGAGGCUACCAAUGAGAAUCUUUGUCGAGAACUUCAUGGAUACCGCAGCAGAUGCGCUGUUGUGCAGCAGUGUGAAACAGAUGUGCAAGAAGGCCCUGUUUGUUUCCCAAAAAGUGAUGGACUUAAGAGGGGCUUCCAGAGUAUGGACUCAUCUGAUUAUCAGAUGGGGGAAAUUACAUCAGGCGAAAAUUCUAAGGAAAUCGAUGAAGUAAAAAAAGAGUGGGAGCAUCAACUUUUGCAAAACACUAUGGAUAUAGAGUUGAAUGAGUUGAACAAACGCUUGGAGCAAAAAGAGUCUGAAAUGAGACUUUUUGGAGGGAUUGACACUGAGGCACUGAAGCAGCACUUUGGAAAGAAAGUUUUGGAACUCGAAGAAGAGAAAAGAAUUGUGCAGCAAGAGAGGGACCGCUUAUUGGCUGAAGUUGAGAGCCUUGCUACUAACUCUGUCAUACAAGGACAAAAAAUGCAAGAUGUGCAUGCGCAAAAAUUAAAGUUUCUCGAAACACAGAUUUUAGAUCUUAAGAAGAAACAAGAAAACCAGGUCCACCUUUUAAAGGCAAAACAAAAAAGUGAGGAAGCAGCAAAGCGGCUGCAAGCUGAAAUACAAUAUAUCAAAGCUCAGAAGGUUCAGUUGCAGCAUAAAAUAAAGCAAGAGGCAGAACAAUUUCGACAAUGGAAGGCUUCUCGUGAAAAGGAAUUGCUACAGCUAAGGAAGGAAGGGAGGAGAAAUGAGUAUGAACGGCACAAGCUUGAAGCUCUGAAUCAGCGCCAGAAAACGGUUCUUCAAAGAAAGACAGAAGUGGCAGCAACUGCUACCAAGCGGCUUAAGGAGUUGUUAGAAGCUCGCAAAUCUGCUGUACGUGACAACUCAGUUAACCCCAACAGGCAUACUUCAGCCAGCCAGAGCAAUGAAAGAUCUUUACAACGGUGGCUUGAUCAUGAGCUGGAAGUCAUGGUGCAUAUGUAUGAAGUUCGUUUCGAAUAUGAGAAGCAAAAGCAAGUGCGAGCUGCACUGGAAAAAGAAUUGGCGUUACUUAAACAAGCAGAUCAGCUUUCUUCUGAAGGGCAGAGUACCCAAAGAGGAAAGAGUGGAUAUUCCAGAGUGUUAUCCAUGUCACUGGAUGCAAGAAUGGCAAGAAUAGCUUCACUUGAGAACAUGCUUGGCAUGUCUUCAAACGUUCUCGUGGUGAUGGCUUCACAACUGUCAGAGGCAGAAGAAAGGGAGCGGAGCUUAAGUGGUCGUGGGCGUUGGAAUCAGUUGCGUUCAAUGGGUGAUGCUAAGAACUUGCUUCAAUAUAUAUUUAAUGCUGCUGCAGAAGCAAGGUGCCAGUUGUGGGAGAAGAAUAUGGAAAUUAAGGACAUGCAAGAUCAACUGAAUGAGCUUGUAACUCUACUGCGAAAAAGUGAAGCACAGAGAAAAGAGCUCGUGAAGGAACAAAAAGUGACAGAACAAGCUGUUGCUGUUGCCUCAAGUACAUCCGCUUUGGGGAAUUCACGCACUUCAUUAAAGCACUGUGUCGAUGAUAUAAGUGGUCGUUUAUCUCCAAGGUCGCUUCCGGCACCAAAGCAGCUCAAAUUCACACCUGGAAUAGUUAGUGGGUCAAUUCAAGAGUCGGCAACAUUUCUGAACCAGACACGAAAGAUGGUACCAAUUGGGCAAUUGUCUAUGAAGAAACUAGCAACGGUGGGUCAAGGAGGGAAACUUUGGAGGUGGAAGAGAAGCCAUCAUCAGUGGCUGCUACAGUUUAAAUGGAAGUGGCAGAAGCCUUGGAGACUCUCAGAAUGGAUCAAGCACAGUGAUGAGACAAUAAUUAGAUCGAGGCCUCGCCCACAGGCUCAGAUAGAUAUUAUGUGAUAACUUCAUUUUCAUCAGCUUCCUUCCAUGUUGUACUUGUACAUACAUCUUGACUGCCAUAUAUGAUCCAACAUAUGGCUUGGUGAAAACAACUGUAACUGCUGGGUGCGCAGGGGUGUUGUAAAUUGGCAGGAGGAUGGCAGGUUCGACUAACCAACUUGUCAUGCAAGCAGUCUCACGAAACUUGCAUAAGACGGCCAAAUUGGAGUGCUGUUGCAUCUGGUGGAAGAAGACACGGUCAUGCAAGAAAUAGGUGGUUUAUGAUUCUAACAUCUGGUGUUGAUUUGUUUUCCCCUUUCCUUUUCUGUACAUCGUCCAUUAGAUACAUAGGCAUACCACUUAGUUUGUCAGAAUUUGGCUUUGGCAUGUGAUCUUUUGUUUUUGUACUUAUUUUCUCUUUUAUUAUGUGACAGUUUUACUCAGACAAAUUUUUUAAGUCAAAUGAACAUAGACUUCAUACACUUUUUUUA